CUUGGAAUAGAAAAAUAAGGAGAGAGAUGGCAAUCACGUGCCUUUGAUAUCUUUAUAAGAAAGAAGGCAAGGACACCCUUUUCUUUACCAAGCAAACUUAUUUUCCCUUCUUUGCAUUAUAAUAAUUGGAAUCUUGAAUUAUUGAUUAAGAUAUGGAAACAGCUGUGGAAGAAAGUCUUUACGGUAAACUAGAGACUGAUGUAGAAAUCAAAGCUUCAGCCUCUAAAUUCCAUGACAUCUUCAAGCACAGACCACACCACAUCUCAAACCACUCCACUGACAAAAUCAAAGGUGUUGAUAUUCACGAAGGCGAAUGGGGAACUGUUGGCUCUGUCAUCUUCUGGAAUUAUGUUCAUGAUGGGAAAGAAUGUGUGGCUAAGGAAAUAGUGGAGGCUAUAGAUGAUGAAAAGAAUUUAAUAACUUUUAGAGUAAUUGAAGGAGACCUUAUGGAGCACUUCAAAAGCUUCAAACUGACUAUUCAGGCCAACUGCAAAAGUGAUAAGGGUGAAGAGGGCUGCACCGUGCACUGGACUUUAGAAUAUGAGAAGCACCAUGGGGAAAUCAUAGACCCUCAUACCUUGCUCCAGUUUGUGGCUGAUGUCUCCAAAGAUCUAGAAUCUCAUCUACUUGAGGACUAGUGGUAUGGUCACCAUAUGUAAGUGUGUGUGUGUAUGGUGAUUUUUGCUCCUAUAUAAGCCUACUUAUUGUACUAAAUAUUAAAUAAAUUGUGGGCGGGAGUGAACAUAUAUAUAUACAUAUGUGUAUUGUAUGUAUAUGUGUAUAUGAUUAAGGGGUCACUGUAAUCCUCAGUUUCUGUCAAAUUGGGUGUGCGGAUUUUAAGUUUGGUGUUAAUCUUGUAAUAUGUAUGGGUAAUGUGCAACGGUAUUUUUUAUAUUA